AUUGAAAUAAACUCCCGCGUCAGGCCGUCAGCGCUUCAUUUGUUCAACGUUCUUCACGCACUUGAUUCUGUCUGUCCCGAAUUGACGCGCUCCCUCUGUGCAGCAUGGAUCCGCCGUUGUCGCCCAUGGUACGACGGCCAUCCCUGCGAGGCCGAUCGCCUGCAGUGCCGAUGGGUCCCCGGUCGCGCAACGUUUCGUCGCGCAAUUCCAUACUCCCUGCCGAGACGAUCAGGUCUCCCACCCCCGGCCAGUCCAUGGCGUAUCCCCCAGGGCCUUUGCCUCAGUACACCGAGCGGCCGACGACUCCGUACUCCACGUUAUCAGGGUCCUCAGACGCCAAGUCCUCGCCGCGCACGUACGCAUCUGAGCCCCCUCCGUCCAUUUCGGAGGCCCCAGAACCACUCCCCGCUGCGACACCGACACCGACACCAGCACCGGCACCAACAACAACACCGCUACCAGCAGAUUCGCCCGCGCCCACCGUCGUGUCCGCACCCAAGAUGGUCCCGCUCGCUCCUCCGGUGCAGAUCAGUUUCGAGUCCGUUCCUGUCAAGUGGAAGGGGCUGCCACUCGAAGCCGCGUUAUGGACAUUCGAUUCGAGGGAGCUGCAGGACAUCGUGUCGCGUGCCAUCCGGGGCUCCUCCCGCGAAUCAUUCAUCCGCGUUCUGUCUGUCGAGAAUCUCGAUCGCGUCCUUCCGUCCGAACUCGAACGCCUGACCGCCUCGAAAUCGACCCUGCAAGCCAAGUACCGAUUCAAUAUGCAGCGGCGGACGAUGCUGCUGCAAGCGCUGCACUCGGCAUCUGGCUGUCAAAACCAAGACAGCGAUGCGGAGCUCAUGGCAAAGCUUACGAGUCAGCUCUCAGAAGUGACGUCGGAGUGCGACCAGCUGUUGGAGCAGCUUCUGCAGAUCGCAGAUCAGAUGGGCCAGAUCACCAGUUUGCAGGACGUCCACUGGGCCAGUGCGCUCGCCAUUGCACUGCGGAAGCUCAACGCUAGUUACGGCCGGCGAACGUCAGAUUUGCUCAAUGCACGUGCAAAGAUUGCGACCCUGGAGGCCGAAUUGAACGAUGCAUGGGGCCAGGCUGAAACGCUCGCAAAGGAGCUUGAUGAGUUUGAGGCAGCUGGUUCUGAUGACGAAGGAGAGGCCGUGAUCGAAGUCGCAGAGGUGAUUUCGUUGAAUCACCGCAAAUCAGCUUCGGCAUCGUCCAGUGUGCGAUUGCUGGGUCAGAAAGAGAUGCUCAGCCUUGACAUCGUUUCGCGCAUGGCCUCCGACGCAGCCACGCCCGCGUCUCCCAUGUCACCCGUGUCCCCCACCAUGUUCAUCACUUCGCCCAUCGAGCGCAUAGAGCAGACGACGGCCUGGACGGAGACGGACGACUGUUCUCCGGCGCAACCCGCUCAAGACAUGUUGCCGACACCCAGUGCCUCAGAACUCGAAGACCUCCUUGACCUGGCUGCCAAGGAAGCGGAGAUGCCCGAGUCGCCUGUCAGUCCCGUUGACACGCCUGUGACCCCGUUCAUGGGUAUCCCGAUGCCGCAAAGCGACGCCGUCAGUGUCCGCAGUGGCAAAAGCUCUCGCACGCAUCGCAGUCAACGGGGGAACGAGACCAGUCGAGUGGACAGUGUUUCCGCAGCGCGGAGACGCAGCGUGCGAACUUCGAUGGGUAGUCUCCGUCUCCCCAAGAGCAGCAAAGGCCCCGAGCCUCCUGUGCCAUUACUGCCGUCUCUCAGUGCCUCGAGCAGUUCAAGUGUCGGUCCCGAUCAUAGGUCGGUCGUCGAGUCUUUUCUGGACUUUGGCCCGGCGUCGGAUUCAGAAGCGGACGAUUCCAAGGCAGCAGGUUCUCAGAAGAAGAAACGAACCAGCAUCGAAGAUCUCUCAGUGGUGACAGACACACCACCCCUGCGUCUGGUGCCGGUCCAGCAGACGCGGGACGACAUCCAGAUCAUGCCGCGAAGAAGUGCCGUCGAAACCGAACUGGUCACACCGCGCCGUUCGCAAUUCUCGCUGGACCACCAGCAUCCUUUUGCCAUCGAAGCACCCUCGAAUCCGUCUAUACCGUCCAUUUGGCUGCUACAAGACACUCCGAAAACGCCAGCCGAACGGGUCGACCAGUUGAUGAUGCGAGAACGGGGCCAUGUCAAGAUGGGAUCCCUCCAACGACUCAAAACUCUGACAAAACGCUACUCUCUGCCUUUCCCCGCUCCGACCCUCAGCCGUUCCAUGCGAUCCAAGAACGCCACCUAGCCGUCCGGGCCCUGCUGCUAAUCUCUCUGCUAUCUAUGUCUGUAUCUUACUGAAUUAUGUAGCAUUGGAAUGUACAUCAUAUAUUGUACGAUAAUAUGACAUCUAUCUAUCAUUCGUGUGCGGCGAGCGCGAGCGCGCCCGCGUUGGUGAUCAACGUGAACUUGGCACCCUCCUCCCCAGCGGUGGUCGCUUUCGCAGCGGGGGGAAGACCAGACGAACCGAGUCGUCCCGCUAUCAGCAGACUCUUCGCGAGCGUAGAGAUCUGGGCGUCAUGUCAGUCAUCAAUGGCAUUCCCUCCCAAGAAAAAGCGCACUGACACCGAUACCCCAGUCGGACGAGAACUUGCCCAGGAGGCCGAUCACCAUUCUGCGAUUGUAUCAUUCGAUGUCGAAGUGCAUUGCAGGGUGGGUGUCCUCACCCGCCAAUAGCCUCCGCCGGUCGUGAUUCCGGGCGGUUGGUCCCGCCGAGAUGCCCAGGACGGAAGACGAUGGUGUCGUCGUAGCCCAAGGCAGCCAGACCCAGCUCGGUCAGCCCCUUGCUGCGCGGAUAGAGGAACGAGGAUUUGGGGUUCGAGCCGAUGGACUGGAGCGAGACAAGUCAACUGGUGAGGUCAUGCGGUGGAAGGACAUUCGAUGCGCACCGAGACAUACACCAGACGCUGGGAUGUGCCCGCCACCUUCGCCGCCUUGGCAGCAUUGACCACAUAUCUGUCGCACGAAAGUGAGCACAGCGUCGAGAGGCCACGAACUCCUCCCUCCCCACGCACUCGCGGUCAAUCUUCUCGAACGCAGCCGAGCUCCCAGCGUUCUUCGCGGUGGUGCCCAUGGUGAUGAACACGACGUCCCACUUGCCCUCGGCCAGCCCCGCCUCGUCGAGCUUCUCGAAAUCAAUCGUCUUCUGCUCGAGCUUCUCCGUCGCGGGCAGGCCGUCGAGCUUGGUCACGCGCCGUCCGUACUCGCCGACUUUCGAGUACGCCGGGCUGGAGAGCAGAUCCUUGAGCAGGUAGCCGCCGACCUGGCCUGUGGCACCUAUGAUGAGUGCGGUUUUCGUGGGGAGAGACAUCGUUGGACUGGUGGGAGAGAGCGCUGACGUCGUUGCCGACUGAUACCGUUCCGUUCUUAUGCGAUCGAAGACGUGCGGAUCUCGGUCAUGGCUCGGGCUGAUGGGCUGGAAACACACGCAGGCGUUGUCACCUGUAACGUUCGCAGCUGUCGCGUUCCAGCGUUCGGACGGUAUUUGGCUUACUACACUCGCAACUUGUAAGGACUGCGACGGAUUUGGUGACACCCGGAUCACCCUCGGAUGAGCAUCCGCGGGGUUUGAUCCGGGUUGGUGUCACGGAUUACGGGUCAUACAGCGGGUAGAGCAUCUGAAUGCAACAGCAUUUUGCGCAAACUUGCACCAUAACUCGCCAUUUGGUACUUAUUCGCAACCAGCACUUUGAUGGGACUCGAUUAUCUU